GCCGUACAGAAGCUGAAACUGUGCUUUCUCUGUUUACGUCACUUGCCGGUAGGUUUUGUCCUGUCACCGAAAUUGUGUCAACAGCUGUUGGAGGACGAGUCUGCAAGGAUGGCUUCGGGCCCAAACUCUACUCCUUCAGCUUUAGUCGUUGCUGCCCCAAGUAAAGGGAUCCUUAUUGGGGAUCGAAUGUAUUCGGAAGUUAGUUUGACUAUUGAUCACUCCAUAGUCCCCGAUGAUCGCCUUUCUCCGACCCCGAGCGUUCUGGACGGGUUAGAUUUUGAGAUUGAGACUGAUCUUCGUAUUCUAGGUUGCGAGCUAAUUCAGUCUGCUGGUAUUCUCCUUCACUUGCCACAGGUGGCGAUGGCAACUGGGCAGGUCCUCUUUCAGCGAUUUUUCUAUUCCAAAUCCUUUGUGAAGCACAAUUUUGAGAUUGUUGCCAUGGCUUGCAUUAAUCUCGCUUCAAAAAUUGAGGAAGUACCCCGCCGAGUACGAGAUGUGAUAAAUGUGUUUCAUCAUUUACGCCAGCUAAGAGCAAAGAGGACUCCAUCUCCAUUGAUACUUGAUCAAAACUACAUUAAUACCAAAAACCAAGUUAUCAAAGCAGAAAGAAGAGUCCUUAAAGAAUUGGGAUUCUGUGUUCAUGUAAAGCAUCCCCACAAGAUUAUUGUGAUGUAUCUUCAAGUCUUGGAAUGUGAACGUAAUCACACAGUUGUCCAGACAGCUUGGAACUACAUGAAUGAUGCUCUCCGGACCAAUGUUUUUGUUAAGUUUCAACCAGAGACCAUUGCCUGUGCUUGUAUUUAUCUUGCCGCUAGAGCUUUACAAAUAGCAUUACCAAGUCGCCCUCACUGGUUUCUUUUGUUUGGGGCAACAGAAGAAGAAAUUCAAGAAAUUUGUCUUACAACCCUGAAACUUUAUGCACGAAAACGGCCAAAUUAUGAAUUUGUAGAGAAAGAAGUUGAAAAACGAAAAGCGGUAUUGCAGGAGGCAAAACUGAAGGCAAAAGGCCUAAAUCCUGAUGGAGCUGCAGCUGUUACUGCAGGUGGCUUUUCUCCAGCUUCUAAGCAAUCCUCUCCAAGAGAAGUAAAAAUAGAGAGUACCCCAGAGUCGCAGAAUGUAAAAAAUGUUAAAGAACAAGAAGACAAACUGCAGAACUCAAAGAGCCCCUACAAUGGAAUAAGAAAGGAAAGCAAGAGGAGCCGAAGCAGAAGUGGGAGUAGAUCACGGUCAAGAUCUCGGUCACAUUCUCCUAGGAGGCACUACAAUAAUCGAAGAAGCCACUCAGGGACAUACAGUUCAAGGUCACGCAGCAGGUCUCGCAGCCACAGUGCCAGUCCUCCAAGAUACCAUAAAUGCAGCCCUUCACACUACAAGUCUAAGCAUCAUAAUGAUAUGAAGAGUUCUAACAGACAUAGUCACAAAAGGAAAAAGUCCCGGAGCCGCAGUCGCUCUCGAAGUCGAUCCAGGGAUUUUAUCGACAUUGUAAAGAAACACAGACAUGACAGGGGGCAUCAUAGAGACAGACGUGAACGAUCUCAGUCCUAUGAAAGACCACACAAGGUUAAGCAUCACGGUAGCAGCCACAGCAGCCAUAGCAGCCAUGCAGGACAUAGGCAUAGACAUUGACCAUCAUUACUGGUUUUGAUGGCAUCAUUGGCUUAAGUGCAAUGUUAAAAUUACAGUAUCUGUGAUUAAAUGCAGUUUGGACUUUUGAGAGUUAAUGAAACAGUGGUAGGUUUUGGUUUGCUACAACUGCAAAAAUAAUUUUGCAGAAACAAAUUUUCUUUUGGGGUGGGGGGGUGGGAGAAGGGGUGAAAUUUUGCACACUAGGGAAUGUACCUUAUCAGUAUCUUGUUUAAUUUAAUAACAUUUGCCCGGUUUAAUUGUAUAUUGUACAGAUGUAUAGAACUACAGAGAAAAUUCUUAUAAAAAUAUUUUUAUACAAUGAA